AUGGAGUUUUAUUUGGAGAUAGACCCUGUAACAUUGAACCUGAUUAUACUCGUUGCAAGUUAUGUGAUUCUACUUUUGGUUUUUCUUAUUUCUUGCAUUUUGUAUGACUGCAGAGGUAAAGACCCCAGUAAGGAGUAUGGUCCUGAAAUGGACAAACCCAUCCAGUCUCCAAUUCAGUUGGUGGUGAUGCAGAACACAGUGGAUGCUCGCCUCAGUGACAAUAAACCUACCAACACAGAAAAUAAGAAAGAACUACCAGGGUCACGAAGCACUUUGGUCUAG